GGAGACGUGAGGCCAACCAGGCCGUUCCCUCUCACUCGUAACGGCCUUGACGGGCCCCAAGGAUCCUGUCACUGCUUAAACCCCGCUCACCUGCAGCUGCAGGGCGGAAACCCGGACCCGCCGAGAGCCACAGGAAAAGGAGGCGGCACAGGCACGGGCGGGGCGGGGACGCGCAGCCCCAGCGGCCGCCCCAGCGCCGCCCCCGCCCCGCCGGACCCGCCGCGUCCCGGGCCCGGGUCGGGGCCGCCGCACGGAACAGGAAGUGUCGCCGGGAGCCGGGAAAGGCUCGGCGGGGCCGAGCGGAGCCCGAGCCCAGCGAGGCCCCUCCCCGAGCGGCCGGCGGAGGACGAUGGGGGCGGCCGGGCUGCUGUGGGCCCUGCUGGGGGCCCUGCUGCUCCCGCCGGUGGCGGCGGAUGAGGGGAUCCUGCACGCCUCUGGGAGCGGGCUGCCCCCACUGACAAAGGAUUACUGCAUCAUUUACAAUUCUAAGUGGACAUCUCUUCCAAAAAGCCUGGACAAUGCUACUUUCAGGACUCUGGAAAACCUGACUUCCACAGUCCUCUGCAGUUCAUCUGAAGUUCCUUCUGGCAUAAUGAAGGACAAAGCAGUUGUAGUGAUGAGAGGAAACUGCACCUUUUUGGAGAAAGCAAGAAUUGCACAAAGUUUGGGUGCUAAAAUGCUGUUGAUUGCCAGUAAAUCCGGGCUGUCUGCUAUUUCAGACAACAAGACUGAUUUUGAAGAUGUGACUCUUCCAAUUGCUCUUAUAAGAUACAAUGACAUAGUAGAUAUGCAGCUGACACUUGGAAAUGAAGUUAAUGUGACUCUGUAUUCACCACCUUUGCCAGAGUUUGAUUACAGCAUGGUUGUCAUCUUCCUAAUUGCUGUGUCUACAGUGGCACUGGGAGGCUACUGGAGCGGAGUAGCAGAACUGGAGACUCUGAAAGCAAUAGCAAGUCCAGGGGAGAGAGAAACCAGACGGAAGAAGGAGGAAAAUGUUACCUUCACCCCUCUAACAGUUAUCUUGUUUGUUGCCAUCUGUUGUGUCAUGCUGGUCUUACUUUAUUUCUUCUACAAGUGGUUAGUAUAUGUUAUAAUAUCAGUCUUCUGCUUGGCCUCUGCAAUGAGUCUGUACAACUGUCUGGCAGCAUUAGUGGCAGAAAUCCCAUUUGGGCAGUGCAGGAUUACAUGUUGUAACAAAACCAUUGAAGUGAGGCUUAUUUUUCUUGCUGUGUUCUGCACAGCAGCAGCUGUUGUCUGGGCAGUGUUUCGAAAUGAAGACAGGUGGGCUUGGAUUUUGCAAGAUAUUUUGGGAGUUGCCUUCUGCCUAAACUUCAUUAAAACACUGAAAAUGCCCAACUUUAAGUCCUGUGUAAUACUUCUAGGCCUUCUCCUUCUAUAUGAUGUGUUUUUUGUCUUCAUAACACCAUUUAUCACGAAGAAUGGGGCAAGUAUAAUGGUUGAAGUUGCAGCUGGUCCCUUUGGAAACAGUGAAAAGAGUGAUGGAAACUUGGUGGAAGUCCCUACUGAACGCUCAGCUCCCCAUGAGAAAUUACCUGUGGUUAUUAGAGUGCCUAGACUUGAACACUCUGCAUCGACACUGUGUGACUUGCCAUUUUCAUUGCUGGGUUUUGGAGACAUUAUUGUCCCAGGGCUUCUGGUUGCCUAUUGUCGAAGAUUUGAUGUUCAAACAAGUUCAUCUUCUAUAUACUACAUUUCCUGCACAAUAGCUUAUGCUGUUGGUAUGGUGCUGACUUUUGUUGUUCUGGCAUUAAUGAAGAUGGGACAACCUGCCCUUCUCUAUCUUGUACCAUGUACACUCAUCACCAGCUCACUUGUUGCCUGGAGGCGCAAAGAGAUGAAGAAGUUUUGGAAAGGAAGCAGUUACCAGGUAUCGGACUCGUCCAGGACGCCUUUGCUACAAGAUGAUGGAACACCUGGAUUACACAGGAAAUGAAGAAAGCACAGCAUCAGCCCCUGAACAGCCUGGAGGACAAUAACAUAUGGGAUCCUGAUUGAAAAUGGCAUUUGAAUUUUCAACAACUGAAUUACACUAAAUUUGGUGAAAUUUUACAAUAGAGUGUUUCCCACUCUGUGUAAAAGGGUUUUUUAUUCCUGCACCUAUAUUUUUAUGGAAAAUAUUGUUAAUGACAUAAAAGUAAUCAAAAUAGACUUGCAUUUUUACAGCCAAACCAUAGCUAGUAAAACCGUGCCUUAUUUCAAUUUAAAUAAAAGGAUAUUUUCUAUGCAAUUUUCCAACUGUGUUUCUAUACAGUAUAUUUUUGUACAAGUUGCUUGCCCAUAUUGGUUUGAUGCCUGAACUGUUUUUUUAAAACUUUGAUUGACUAGUCAAGUUUCUUUAAAAGAAAACACAGUACCUUUCCUAGGAUUUCUUUCCAGAUUUUGAAUGCAACGUUGGGUUGUAAUGCAGCUAUAGCAACUGAAGAAUGAAAGUAUAGUUCCAUUACUACAAGUAAUUCAGUAAACAGUGUGUGUGUGUCUAUGUACGUGGUAAGCCAUAAAAUCAAUAACAGGGCAAAUUUAGCAUGAGGUUUGUGAGCUCUUCCUCCCUCCCCCCCCGUUGUAUCACUGGCUUAUGCCUUAACUGUGAAAAUUUCUAAGCUUGGGUGCAAGUCUUUGGAUUGUAAACAUCACCAAACAUUUAAAAAAAA